GACUGGCCGCCGUGCAGGCGGCCCUGGAGGACAUGGGUGACAAGCCCCCCGGGUUCCGGGGCUCCCAGAGCUGGAUCGGUUGUGUAGAAGCCAGCCUCUGCCUCGACCACUUCGGAGGGCCCCAGGGGCGGCUGUGUCACGUACCCCGUGGAGCAGGGCUUCAGGGGGAACUGGAGAGGCUUUACUCCCACUUCGCAGGGGGCGGGGGGCCUGUAAUGGUUGGCGGGGACGCAGAUGCCCAGUCCAAGGCCUUGCUGGGAGUCUGCCUGUGUCCAGGCACGGAAGCCUACGUUCUGGUAUUGGACCCUCACUUCUGGGGUGCUCCGAAAAAUCCCAGUGAACUACAGGCAGCUGGGUGGGUGGGAUGGAGAGAGGUAGGCACAGCCUUUGACUGCAACUCCUUCUACAACCUGUGUUUGACCAACUGCAACUCCCAGAAGUAGCAGUACGCCCUGGACUGAGGCUCAGGUCCCAGAAUGGAGACUGUCUCUGGCCCCAAACCCAUUCACCUAAACCCUACUCCAAAGGCAAAAGCUGCCUGGGCCUUUGACGUCAAUAAAGUGGAGAGGCUCAGCUAA